ACAGCCUCCCCCGUCGCCCUUUCCCCAGGAGCCGACCCUUUUUCGCCCAACGCGACAGACCUUCUCUCUUCUGCACCCUCGAGUCGCGCGCCCGCCGACUCUUAAUAGCAGAACGACCCCGCUUCGAAUCUGAGAUUCGUCCGGCACCCCGCGCCACUCUGAAAGCGACUGCGACCUCACCCGCACUCGCCCACCUCCCACCACCACUCCACCACCUACCGCCUCCAAGCCCCAGGUACUAAUGAGUGCAUCCGCUUCAAACGCGCAGAACCCACCGAUCGCCGCUUCCUCGACCGCUACGCCCGCGAACAACUCCUCGUCUGGAUCGUCCGCCAACGUGGCCGCUGGUUCGGCUCAGGCCACUGCCCGCAGCUCGUACGCCAACGCGACCAAGAAGAUCUCUUCUCCUACGAUCGCGUCCAGCGGCGCGCCCGCGGCAGUGGGAGCCCCGCAGAGCGCACAGCAUGGCAAGAGCAGCUCCGUCUCCCCGGUGAACGGCAGCAGCAUCACGCCCGCCGUGCCCACUAUGCCCACCAUCGUGAGUGGCGGACCUAACGGCGACCACAGCCGCAAGUCCUCUGUUCACAUCAAGCAGACGCCCCCGACCUCUGGCGCGCCCUCUAACAUCAAGUUUGGCUCGCUCGCCGGCUCGCCUGCGCCUGCACCCGCCAUGCCUGUUGCUCAGGGCAGCAACCUGAACCCCCAGGCCCAGAACCCGCGUGUUGCUUCGCCUGCGCACUCGCCCUCGCCCAUUCCCACGCCCAUCUCAGGUGGACCCAAGCCAGACAGCCUGCCCACCCGCCCGAACUUGGUCUUUGGUGGCCAGGGCAGCGAGAGCACUGAUAGCAACCGCCCCGCUAUGCCUGCUCAACCCAACGGUCCCCCUCACAUGCGCCGCGAGUCGUCCCAGUCCUCACACAGCGGAUUCCCAGUAAACGGUGGCCGCGGACGUGGUUUUCAGCCGCAGCAGUACAACCAGUCGCCGCAGCCCUACCGUGCUAUGCCCAACCAGCCCAUGGGAGGACGAGGAGGCAUGGCCCCGGCUUUCACGCCCCAAGGUCUGCAGAACUCACCCUACCGCCAGAACCGCCCUAGCCCUUCGAUGGCACCUGCUACUAUGCACCAGCAGCAGCAUUUUGCUAACCCUCAGGGACAACCCUUUUACCCAGGACAACAAUACCCUCAGCCAAACAUGUACGGUAUGCCUCCUCAGGGUCUUGACCCAUACAACAACUACUACGGCCAGCCAGCGUACGGACUGCAGCAGUCUAUUCACUACCCUGGUGUUCCUAACAGCCCUGGCCGUGGUCAUGGCUUCCCUCAGCAGAUGCAAAACCCUUACUCGAUGCCCGGCCCUUACGGCCAGCCUCCUCAGGGACAGAGCAUGUCGCGCACUCCAUCGCAGAUGUCCGAGCGCCCGCCUUCUGCUGUUCCUCAGCCCUCAACUCCUGCGAUGACCAACGUUAACCACCACGCACACACUCCUAGCGUCACAUCCGCCAGCCCAGCACCAAGCUCGAGCGCUUUCGAGCGCCCGAAGAAGAAGAGCGCAGCCAUUGUCAUCAAGAAUGCAGAUGGAGAGGUUGUCGACUUCAACAAGCCCAAGGGAGCCGCCUCACCUGCACCCAAUGCCGCGCCUGCAGCGCCUGCUCAGUCCAAGUCCCCUGCCAUUGCCGCCACUCCUACGCCACCUCCUCGCGCUCCCAGUGCCACGGAUGCCACUCGCACUGAGGAGGCACCUGUCAAGUCCGCCAGCGAGAAGAAGGCCGACUUUGUCAAGCAGUUCCAGGAGAAGCUCCGUCUUCAAGAGGAGGCUGACAAGAAAGCUAAGGAUGAUGCUGACAACGAAGCCAAGGCUGCCGCCGAAGCCGAGCAGAAGAAAAAGGAUGAUGCUAAGGUGGCUGAAGAGAAGGCCGCUCAAGAUGCUAAAGCCAAGGAGGAGGCCGCCGCCAAAGAGGCCCAGGAGGCCAAGGAGGCUGAAGAGAAAGCUGCAAAGGAGGCCAAGGACAAGGAGGAGUCCGCCGCAGCUGCUAAGGCCUCUGAGGACGACGAAGCCGAGAAGAAGCGCAAGGAAGAGGAGGAGUUCGAGCGCAUGGUCGCCGAGAUGGAGGCAGAAGACGCGAGGCGCGAAGAGGAAGAGAAGCGCUUUGCGGAGGAGCAGGCGAAGAAGAAGGCGGAGGAGGCAGCUAAGGCUGGCGACAAGGUCAAGGCUCAAGAGGAGGCUCUGCGCAAAGCUGAGCGUGAAGCUGAAGCCGCUGAGCUUGCUCGCGAGAACGAGACGCCUGAGCAGAAGGCUGAGCGCGAGGCCAAGGAUAAGGAGAUGUUCGCUUCUCUGAAGAAGAACACCAUGUUCGGUCCCGGAGCUACCGGUGAGGAGCCCAGCGAAGACUCCGCACCUCCUGCAGCGGCUCCUACUCCCGCACCUAAGCCAGCAUCCGCCACGAAGCCUAAGCCGGCCGCUCUUAAGCUCGAAACCAACAAGCCUGUCGAGCCUGCUCAGCCCACCGCUGGUAUGGAGUCUCUCAAGACUGCUCGCUUCAUCCAGAUCCGUAACGAAGCUAUCAAUUACCCUGAGGGCAUCCAGUCUCCUAAUCCUGCAUUGAACCAGGGUUCCAAGAGUAAGGGUCGCCAGUACGACAAGGACUUCUUGCUUCAAUUCCAGGAAGUUUUCAAGGAGAAGCCGUCAGUCGAUUGGGAUCUCAAGCUCAAGGAGACCGUUGGUGAUGGCUCCGACUCUGCUCGUACUCCCUCUGUCCGUGGCAGCGCCGUUGGCCGUGCUCCUUCAGGUCGCUCUGGCCUAGGUGGUCCUGGUGGCAUGGGUAACUUCGGUCAGGGAGGUGCUUUUGGUGGCUCACGCACUUUGCCUCCUGGCACAACCUCGGAACAGCGCUUCCAGCAGGCCUCUGGCCGUGGUCCUGGUACAAUGACCAACCCUUUGGCACCUUUCGUACAAGGUGGCAGCCAGCGUGGCGGUUUCCCUAUGGCACCUGGCAUGUCCCGUUCAUCUUCUUUCCAGCCAGGACCCGGCUCUCCCCGUGUUGGCUCGCAGGGUGGUCGUGGUGAUCGCAGCCGCCGUGGUGGUGGUGGCCAGAAGGGUCACCAGGCAGACACUAAGACUAUGCCUCUUACUGCCGGUAAGGAGAUCAAGGACCUCGACAAGACAUCCAGUGGAUGGAAGCCUCACGGAUCCGAGAAGCAGGUUGUCACCGGCCACAUGGCUCCUGAUAUGGUCCAGCGCAAGGUCAAGGCUGCUCUCAACAAGAUGACGCCCGAGAAGUUCGACAAGAUCUCAGACCAGAUUCUCGAGAUUGCUGCACAGUCUAAGGACGAGACUGACGGUCGCACUCUUCGCCAGGUCAUUCAGCUUACCUUCGAGAAGGCUUGUGAUGAAGCUCACUGGUCUUCCAUGUACGCCAAGUUCUGCUACAAGAUGUUGAACACUAUGAGCCACGACAUCAAGGAUGAGAACGUCCGCGACAAGCAGGGCAACCCUGUCGUUGGUGGUGCUCUUUUCCGCAAGUACCUUCUGAACCGCUGUCAGGAAGAGUUCGAGCGUGGUUGGGAAGUCAAUCUCCCCGAGGCACCCGAGGAGGGCAAGGAAGCCACCAUGCUUUCGGACGAGUACUACAUUGCCGCUGCCGCCAAGCGCAAGGGUCUCGGUCUUAUCCAGUUCAUUGGUGAGCUUUACAAGCUGGGCAUGUUGACUCUGCGUAUCAUGCACGAGUGUGUCCUCAAGCUUUUGGACUUCGAAGGCCUGCCUGAUGAGUCUGCCAUUGAGAGCUUGGUCAAGCUCCUGCGCACCGUCGGUGCUACCAUGGAGUCUGCCGAGGCUGGCCCCAAGAUGAUCAAUAUGUACUUCGAACGUGUUGAGAAGGUCAUGAACAUGGAAGGCCUCCCAUCUCGUCUGCAGUUCAUGUUGCUCGACACAAUCGAUCUUCGCAAGGCCGGCUGGAAGUCUAAGGACAACCUCAAGGGUCCCAAGACCAUUGCCGAGAUUCACCAAGAAGCCGUCGCCGCACAGCAAGCCGCUGAGAUGGAGCGAUCUCGCUCCCAGCGUGGCGGAGGUGGUGGUCGUCUCCCAAUGGGCCGCGGCGACGCGCGCUCAUUCUCUGGCGGUAAUAUGAUGCCUCCUCCGGAUAACGGCGGCCGUGUACAGAUGGACGAUCUUCGCAAGCUCUCGAAGGGUGCAUCUGCCCGCGGACUUAACAACGCUGGUUCGCUCGGUCCCUCUAUGCUGGGUAGCCGCAGCGGCAGUGGCCGUCGUGGCCUCGGACCCGGUAUGAUGGGCCGUGGUGGCGAUGAGUCUGGUAACUCAUCCCGCACUGGCACUCCUGUCCAAAAGGAGAAGUCAACCGCACAUGCAAAUGCUUUCGAUGCGUUAGCAGCCCUUGAAGCCGAAGACAACGCUGGCGAGGUCAGCUCCCCACCACCAGCUGCCGCCGAGACGGAAUCCAAGCCGUCCGAGUGAUUACCUUCUACUUCGUUCCAGCGCGUGGCGGUCAUACCCAUAGACAGCACCACACGCGGUAAUCUAAUCGCUUGUUUCGUUGCAUAGACAGGGGCAUUUUCUGCGCGCAUUGUACUGCAUUUCGCAUCAAAACUAGCGGGGUCAAAAGUUCUUUGUUGUCGAUUCACAGGUCUCGAGAGGAUGGUGAUGUUUUGACCAUCUUUCGG